CCCCCACGUGGCCGCAGCCGUCCCAGCCCCUCCGAGGAAGCGGCGCGGCUUCCUGCGGCUCGGGCCGGGGAUAUAGGCGCCCCCGCCCGGGCCCGGCUCAGCGCCGCCGCCCCUCCUCGCCUCCUCGCCGCGUGAUGGCCUCGCUCCGGGCGGAGCGCGCCCCCGGCGGCCCGCGGCUCCCCACGACCCGCGCCGGGCUGCCGGCAGCGCUCCGCCUCCUCCUCCUGCUGGGCGCUGUCCUGAAGCCUCAGGAGUCUCUGGCUCAGCCUCUUCCCACCAGCGAGAGCUUGGAGUCAGAAGGGAUCUUUCCUCCCUGCCAUCCUACAAAGCCCCUGCCCAGCUGUGGGCCUGCCCACUGCACAGGGAGGGAGAGGACGGUGGAGGAGAACUAUGUGAAAACUGUCCAACUUUGCUGGGAGUAUUAUAAAGUUCAUAUGGACUCUCUUGAAAAGGAUUGGUGUGACUGGGCCACGAUUAGCAGGCCUUAUAGUGCCCUGCGAGAUUGCUUGGAGCACAACGCAGAGGAGUUUGGCCUGGGCUUCCCCAAUCCCUGGGCAGAAAGGAUCAUCUUUGAGACUCACCAGAUCCACUUUGCCAACUGCUCCGUGGUGCAGCCCACCUUCUCCGACCCCCCGGAGGAUGUGCUCCUGGCCAUGAUCAUAGCCCCCAUCUGCCUCAUCCCCUUCCUCAUCACUCUUGUGGUGUGGAGGAGUAAAGACAGUGAGGCCCAGGCCUAGGAGGGCAUGAGCUUCUCAAGGGCCAUCUCACUCCUCUUCCCUGCCCACCCGCUGCCCUCCCUACCCCCUUUUCUCACUCCCACUCCAUCCCCACCACAGAUCCACCACAGAUCCUGGUGGAAAUGGAAACCAAUUGGGGUCACGGCACACAUUCUGUAAUCUCCAAAAUAAAACUUUUUUUUUGUA